AUGGGAGGGCGGCUGAUGGGAGGGCGGCUGAUGGGAGGACGGCUGGAGAAAGCAGUAUGGAGGAGAAUGAGAGGGAGGAUGAAACAGGGGAGAAGGGAGAUGGCGGGGAAGGGGGACACUCGAGGGAGAAGGAAGCAGGGGAAAGGGGAGACAAAGAACAGCAGAGGGUGGUGGAAGCAAGGGAAGAAGUUGGGGAGGGAGAAGUGCGAGCAGCACUGGCAGGAGCGGCAGUGGAGAUGGGGAGGGAGGCGAUGCGGCAGAGUGAGGGGUUCCAGAGUAUGGAGGACGAGGAGUGGAGGGAGCGGCAAAAGGUGCUGCAGCAGCAGGCGGGGGAGGCCCAGGCAGAGAAGAGGAGGAGACGGGCAGAGCGCACUGAACGUGAGAGGCUGGAACGGAUGGAGGCUCGGCAGCAAAAGCGCGUGGAGGAGGUUCGGCAGCAGCAGGAGCAGGUGGAGCGCGCAACGGGCCUGAAGGAGCAGCUGCGAGCAUCGGUGCACGGCGACCUCUUGAAGCGCCUGGCAGGCUGCCGAGACUUUGCCUCUGUCCUGGACAAGAUUGGGAUCAAAGUGGAUGGCAUGCCGCAGCCAACGAGUCAGCAGGUUGAAGCAGCUUUCAAAAAGGCCCUGCUUCGGUAUCACCCAGACCGGAUGGCGAGGCUCGGGGCAGGGGCGGAUGCACGGAAGCAGGUGGAGGCGGAGGAGACGUUCAAGAUGAUGCUUGAGAAGAAGAAAACGCUUCACCUUGUUGCACCACCUGCCCCUCCUGUUGCUGCUCCAAGCUACCCUGAGUAUAAUCUGCCAAAUUUUCAGAAGCCCAAGUUCGGUAGGAGGCGGUAUUACUGGUGAAUGGCCAAGGUUUGUACCUAAAUUUGUUAUCUGCUUGUGAGCGUCACUGCUCUGCUGGGAAUUGCAAAAUGCACCAGAAUUCCAG